UGCUGCAAGAAUAUCAUUGAGUGCCUACCGGUGAUAGUGGUGAUCGCCUGUCUACUUCUCGUCGAUGGAUUUAAAUUCCCCAUCGCAGGGGUCACCGCAGCUGGGGCUCUGGUGGAGCGUAUCGCUUAUGGCUGCAAGGUGACCAAUCUAGUCGGCGGCGCUAUGAAUAUCAUCAAGGCUGACUCAAGAGCAACAAUUCCUUGCCUCCAAUUC